ACUAGUAUCUGUUGCACUAAUUUCUUUCUAUUCCCAGAACUUGAGGACUUUGCCAUUCAAGCGGUAGAGUUGUACCGCAGAAACCUUCCACUUUCCAAGGUUUAAGAUCCACAACAGAAUAUGCAUGGUGAAGAACUGCUAUCAAUAUUCUGCAAUAUAUUAAUUCAGAUAUGUUUGGUGUGGCACUACAGAUAGUAUCUGCACUAAUAUUUGCACUUCGCCGCCGUUCCAUUGGCAUAUGAUUGAAUGAUUUAAAUAUCCUUCUAAAGGAUCCUUACCUAGAGUUUAUGGAUGAUCACUUCAGAGAAUCAGCAGUUCUGACAUUUCUUGCAUAUCAUCUCAGCAACUAUUCAAAAGCUUGUGCUGAUUGCUUUGUGGAAAAGCUCUUCAGGUUGCAGGACUCAUUUUACAGCUAAAGCAGAACAGAGAUAAGAUUGAAGAAAAGGAGGUAAGUGAUCAAUAACACUCAAGCAAUAAACACCUGUGCUGAUUCAAUAAUUUUUAGAAUGUUAGUAUCAUUCUUCUAGCACAUAUAUACUUGAGAAGUUGAAGUGUGGGAUAUCCACUUUGUUGAGCUCUCUAAUGAGAUUCGGUCCUACCCACUUAGCUUCAAUGAAGAUUUUCAGUCACAUCUUGGUGGACACCAACUUCAGAGAAAAAUUAUCUUUUAGAUCAGUUUAACAUGCCUCCCUCUCAACUUCCCUUCUGUCUUUUUGUCCACAAUAAUUGGAUCAUAUUGAAACUGUCACUUUUCAGGUCCAUAUCGAAACUGUCCUUGGUGGACAGGAAAAAGAGUAAAUGGGCAGGGGACUCUACCCUUUGAGUUUCUUGGCAUCUGUGAAUCAAAAAUUAAAUCACCACAGGCAUUGAAACAGCAGAUUGGUCAUGCCUGAGGACAGACCAGUGCCAUUGAAACCAUAUUUGCAAAUGUCAUAUUAGUUCAGUUUGACAUUCAUGCUUGUUUCUUUACAAGCAUUAGGCCUAAUUAACCAAUACUUUAUUAAACGUUAUAUCAGUUCAGUUUGACAUUCAUACCCUUGGCAAAUCCAAUACUUUGCAUGGUGGCAAAGCAGGCAGCAGAUGAGAAUGGAAGGCUUCAAUUCUUUUAUAAACAGUUUGGUUUUUUCCCAGAAAGUCAAACAGUUUUGUUAUAGAAUGUUUAUUCCAAACAAACCAGCAUCACAUAUUUUUCACUUCAGGUAAUGUUUUUAAAGUCUUUCCAGCAUCCAAGUCUAUGGUUUACUAUUGUGAUGUUCCGGUAGUUGAUCUGAUAUCAUAGGAAUAAUUUCUAGAAGAGGUGUGAUCUGCAUUGUGUUUGUCAAAGGUAUGAUGUGUGUUGCUUGUAUAAAAUUAAAAACAGGCA